CUUAUUGUUAUUUUUUAUUUCUAUCGUUGUUAUAUUAGAAAGGGUCUCGCAUUCUUACUGGAGAUGUCAUAUUUUUAUUAAAUUGUAUAUAAUAGAAUAAUACUAUUAAUAAAUUGUUAAUCUAAGUGUCUUCGACGAAAUUCAAAUCACGCAAAAUUGAUCAGUAAACACCGAUCGCGCGGUUCUCGCGCUUUUUGUGAUUCUUCCCGGUGUGAUGGUACACGAUGCGUGGGCACACAGAUCUCGCUAUCUAAAUAUCCGCCCGCGUACACUUACGGGAUGCCGUUUUAACUGGCAUCACGUGACGAACUAUGCUGAUGCUGAAUGCGUCCGACCACGAUAGAAAUUGAAGUGGUGAGGGUCAGUCGCGAGACAUCCUCGGUCGCUGACGCAUCAGCGUCUGCGUUGCUUCUUUCAGAUUUGGAUUACAUCCGCGGGUUGUAGUCGCGUUUACAGAUGCAUUUAACCCCGACAUAAAAAACUACAAACAGAAGCAAUUACAAUCUAUGCCAGCGAUUGUUGAAAGUUUAUUGGAACUAUAAUAGACUUUGCCCCCGCGCGUAUUCGAGAUCAAUCGUCUGGUUCAACAAUUCAAAACGGUCAAAGGCGUAAAUAGCGAAGUGCGAGGAUACAAGUGCAACCUUCACGACAAACGAGUAAGAAGAAAUUUGUGUGACCAUGGAAAACUCGGAGAAAGAAUGUUUACGUAUGCGACCAAUUGACUCCCAAAGUCCUCAUAAGGAGGGAGUCGUUGUGGAUGGUGUAAAUACUGACGGUAUAAAUAAUACCGAAACUAUGUUAUCUCCAACAGAAGAUAUGGGAGAAUAUGAUCCUCAUAAGCAUCGAAACAGACCAAAUCCAACUUCAAAUUUCGAAACCCUGGUUCACUUGCUAAAGGGCAGUUUAGGUACAGGAAUUUUAGCGAUGCCGAAUGCGUUUUACAAUAGCGGUCUUCUGGUCGGCGUCAUAGCUACAAUUAUUAUAGGCAUAUUGUGCACGUACUGCUUGCACAUACUUGUAAAAGCGCAGUACAAAUUGUGUAAACGGUUAAGAGUUCCUAUAUUGAGUUAUCCGGACAGCAUGAAAUAUGCUCUGGAGAAAGGUCCUCGAUGCGUAAGAUGGUUUACGCCCUAUGCACCAGGACUCGUAGACGGGUUUAUGAUAAUAUAUCAAUUGGGAAUUUGCUGCGUUUAUAUUGUGUUUGUAGCAACAAAUAUCAAGCAGGUGACAGACCAGUAUUGGGAACCUUUGGGUAUUUCGACCCAUAUGCUCAUUUUGUUGGUACCGCUGAUUUUGAUAAACUACAUUAGAAAUCUGAAAUUACUGGCGCCGUUUUCCACGAUAGCAAAUCUUAUUACGUUCGUCGGACUCGCCAUGACUCUAGUGUAUAUGUUUGAUGAUCUUCCACCGAUCAGCGACAGGGAGCUGUUUGGUUCAUUAAGAAACUUUUCGCUCUAUUUUGGAACGACGUUGUUUGCGUUAGAAGCCGUCGGAGUGAUUAUAGCUCUGGAGAACAAUAUGAAGACGCCGAAAAGUUUCGGAGGCUAUUGUGGUGUAUUGAACAUAGGAAUGACUGCGAUUGUCAUCUUAUACAUACUCAUAGGUUUUUUUGGCUACAUAAAGUACGGAUCCGAGGCCGCGGGAAGUGUUACUUUUAAUUUGCCAAAAGAAGAAGUUAUGGCCCAAAGUAUCAAAAUAAUGUUUGCGAUCGCCAUAUUCAUAACGUAUGCCCUGCAAGCCUACGUGCCCGUUGAAAUUUUGUGGACCACCUACUUGGAUCAUCGAAUACGAAACCGUAAACUUUUGUGGGAAUAUGUUUGUCGAACCGUUGUUACAUUAGUCACGUUCGUUCUGGCGAUCGCUAUCCCGAGACUCGGCCUAUUUAUCUCUUUAUUCGGCGCGCUUUGCCUAUCCGCUCUCGGUAUCGCUUUCCCGGCGAUUAUCGAAAUAUGCGUGGCAUGGCCAGACAACGAUUUUGGUCCUCUCAAAGUCAUGCUAAUUAAGAACAUCCUCUUGAUCAUAUUCGGGGUGCUGGGUCUCGUGGUGGGGACCUACGUCAGCAUCGUUGACAUAGUGAAAUCCUUCGAGUGAACGGAAUCAAAUAUUCGCGCGUACGAAUAUUUUCCGAAGCAGAGAGAGACGUACGGGAUGUAACCCUUGCGAAGUAACCUCGAUAAUGAUGACGAUGAUGUCAGACUUGUCGAAAAGCAAACUAGCUCUCUAGCCCGUCCCUCUCUUUUUCGGUCUCUACCCUUCACCGCCAUGAAUUUACUUAGAUUUUAUGCAGGUAAUAAAAAAAAAAAUAGACGCGAUAGAGCUUGUCGAAGAGCACUUGGAAUCUCGAGACAACAACCCCCGAUCACAAUUAGUCGGGUGGUACGAUCUGUGAUGAAAUCUCUCCUAAGCAUCGAGUAUACUGGAAGACAUCAUCUGGGCGGAUCGUCGUUAAAGAUUUUUAUUACUCAUUUCAAAGAAAUGCAUUACCUUAUGCAUUUAAUAUCGGACCAUGCAUACGCACGUACAUAUAUGUUGUAUAAGGGAUAAAUGUCUCAAUUAUCUGUAACGAGCAGAGUAAAAAUUGUUGAAACAUUCUUUUUGUAAAAAUUCACAUAAAAUAAUCUAAUGACAUAAUUACCUAAAAUAUUGGAUUGAGUUAAUAUUUUUUUAAACUAAAUAAAGUUAAAGUUAAUGCUUA